GUAAUAUCAUCCACCGUUUAUUAUACACAGUUUUACCAACCGUACAACUAAUAUAAUAGAUAGCUGACAUGUAAUACUGAACAUAUUGGAUGACUUUGGCGAAUAAAGAUAUAAAAACAUCCCUCAGAUAAAGUAUUAAUAUUUUUGUAUAGAAAUCAUACCUAAGUAACACACAUUCCGCACUAUUUCACAGAAUUCAUUUCCUAUAUUACUUCAAGCAUCAUUAUACGACUUUAGAUACAUGAAAUUGGUGAUAGUAUAAAGAUAACGCAAUCCUAUUGUUACAAUAUUCGCGUGUUGUGAACAGUGAUAAGCUUGUCAGUAGAGAAUCUUCAAUCGAAUGUCAGAGGAAGUAGUAUUACAACUAUAAUACACUAUUCAUACAAAGAACAGUGUCUUUCAAGAUCAAUGUCACUCUCGACAUUUACAAUUCAUAUAUAACUGGGACGCCGUACGACACGAUAUCAAUAUUUAAGAGACUAGCUAUAAUAACAGACGUUGCAUAUAUUACAGAACAUAGUUUUGACAGGCUAUAAUAAAAUCUUGGAAAUCAUAAUUUUCUCUCCAAGUAUGAUGUCACAGAUUAAAAAUUAUACCAUAGCUCAUAUUCGUGUGACAGCAAAUCGAAAAAGUUCACAUUAACAAUUAGUGGAAAAAUUGUAAAUGUCCAGUAAUAUCAAACGUCGAGUAAAGUCACAUACGUACAUACCGUAUUGAUCUUUAUGAUCCUGAGAAGGGAACUCAUACCCCGUACGAUACUUGUUACGCGAGAUUUCGCUUAAAGCAAUUGCACGAGUUAAGAUCACCGGCGUUUAAAACCCAAAGUUGUAGCUAGUAAGGAAAAGAGAUUAUACACAAAAACUAAAAUAUUUAGUUCUUUUUAAACUAACGAUUACACUGCGGAUAUUUAUGCAGACCUAUAUUUAUACGAAUGUAAUUGAAAACCCCGCAACCAGACAGAAAAAUUUUUUACCUGUUAUAUAUUAUAAAUAAUAUUAUACUUCGAAUAUUUUACGUAUUUUGCAUAUGAUAUGCAUUCUAUGCAUCUAUUUCCCUUGAAAUUUUCCCAUAAAUGUAUAAAAAUCCGCAGCGUCCAGUUAUAUUGACAUUAUGUUAAUGUUACUUCUAUAAUAUUUAAUAUAACUCGUAUAAUUAACGUAAGCUUGGAGUAUUCAGUGUUUCAGAAAACUGGCGACCCCGAAAUAUUUCACGUGCCUUACUAUAAUAAGCUCGAACGAUACAUCCAACUUUUAGGACAAGAUCCGCGUCAUAAAAAUAGCAUUAGAAAUAUGAUUGUAAUAAUAGUGGUGACUAGUAUCGCAAGCAUCACUAUUCCAACGGUAAGAAAAAUACGUCAAUCAUUAAAUAGAAAAGUAGGAAGGAUAUAAUGAGGAAACUGGAUUGAGUGAAUGCUACGUAAUAAAGCUAAUAAUCAGGUAAUAUCAUUAAACAAUUGGAACUUGCAAUCGAUAGACAAUAGAGUUAUUUGCGUCGUUGCAUAACAAGGACAUGGAUGGAGUCAUCGAGUGUCUGCCACAUUUUAUCGCAUCUUCCAUCAGCGCUGUUAAAAUAUUAAAUAUGCAUUUCAACAGGCGAAGUUUUCACAAAUUGUUCCAACUUGUGGCAAAACAAUGGCAGGAACUGAAAUUAAACGGCGAACUGCACGUUCUAGAGGAAAUCGUCAUGCAAGGCAAUAGAAUGGCGCUAUUUUAUCGUAGCACUUUACUAUCUUUUAUGGGAUUAUUCUUGCUGGUGCCACUAAUUUCUCCCAUUCUUGAUAUUGUCCAUCCAAUAAAUGGAACUCGAACACGCCAACAGCUACUAAGAGUUAAUUAUAUAUUUUUUGACGAUGAUGACUAUUUUUUCUAUAUAUACUUACAAUUAUUUUGUGGAGCAGCUGUUGUUGUGUACACCAUAAUUGGUGCAGACUGGUUAUACAUACUAAUAAUUCAUCACAGCAGUGGAUUAUUUGCAGUCUGUGGACAUCGAGUCCAAAAGGCAACUGUGAAUGCAAACAACUUUACCGGUGAAUCUGUUUCUGAGAAUUACACGUAUGAAAAGAUCAGGAAUUGCGCGAUAAUGCACAAUGAAGCCAUAAGAUUUUCAGAUAUAUUGAAAGAAAGCAGUCGGGGUAGUUACUUAAUUCAGGUUGGAUUGAAUAUGUUGGGUAUCAGCGCGACAGCUGUUCAAACCGUGGUAAACUUAGACAGGCCGGAAGAAGCAAUGCGAAGUGCCGUGUUUUGUGGGGCUAAUCAAUUUCAUUUGUUUUUACUCAGCUUACCAGGCCAGGUGCUCCUGGAUCAUUGUUCUGAUUUAGCAGAUAAUAUUUACAGCUCCACAUGGUACGGAACAUCCGUGCAGAUUCAAAAAGUAAUAUACGUGAUGCAAAUAAGAUGCAAAAGAUUUUGUUCAUUGACUGCAGGUGGAUUGUACGAAAUGAAUAUAGAAAACUUCGGAAUAACCUUCAAGACGUGUAUGUCCUAUAUCACAAUGUUGAUGUCAUUAAAAAACUGAAUCUGCGAUACCUGAAAUAUGUAAUUGUAUUCACUGCGUUUUGUACCCAGUUUAGCCAGAAGUACAAAUAGUAUGUUAAAUAGCCGUUAUAAUGUAAUACUUGACAUUUUUGAUGACUUCGACGAAUGCGCAAAUAAAGACAUAAAGUCACAUAAUUUUCAUACGAUAUUGAUAUUUUAGUACAUGAAUCGUACCUAAAUAACACACAUUCCGUACUACUUCACAGAAUUCAUUUCCUACAUUACACUAGCAUAAUUAUACAACUUUAGGCACAUGAAAUUGAUGAUAGUAUAAAGAUAACGCAAUCCUAUUGUUACAAUAUUCGCGUGUUGUGAACAGUGAUAAGAGCUUAUCGGUAGAGAAUCUUCAAUCGCAUGUCGAAGAAAGUAUUACAACUAGAAUACGCUACUCAUAAAAAGAACAAUGUCUUUCAGGAUCAAUGUCACUGUUUCAAAAAAUCUCUCGACACUUACAAUUAAUAUUUAACUGGGACGCUCUACGAAACGAUAUCAAUAUUUAAGAGACUAGCUAUAAUGACAGGUGUUGCAUAUACUGCAGAACGUUUUGACAGGCUACAAUAGAACCUCGGAAAUCAUAAUUUUCUCUCCAAGUAUGAUGUCACAAAUUAAAAAUUAUACCAUAGUUCAUAUUUGUGUGACAGCAAAUCGAAAAAAUUCACAUUAACGCUCGAUGGAAAAACUGCAGAUGUCUAAUAGUAUCGAAUGUCGUGUAAACUUACAUACGUAUAUCAUAUUGAUUUCUACGAUCCUGAGAAACAGAACUUUCAUACUCUCCACAUGACAGUCUUUCUUCUGAAGCGGUUACUCUAGUUAAGAAAGGAGAUAUGGCUAGUAAGCGAAAUAGGUUUACACAAAAAUCGAAAUAGUUAUCACUUUUUGAAGUAUGAUUAAAUCGCGGAUGUUUGUGCAAAUUAGUAUUUUUAUAAAUAAUUAAUAAAAUGGAAGCUAAGAAGAGAGCUUUUUUACCUGCUAUACUUUUAAUGUCUUGUAUAUUUUUGCAUAUGAUAUGUACCCUGUACAUUUUUUACCUUGAGAUUUCCCAUAAAUGCAUAAAAGUCCGCGGUCUACUAGUGAUAGUUAUAAUUUUAUGUUGUUCUUUUAUGGUUCUUAAUGUAAAUUAUCGGAAAAUUAAUUUAAG